AUGUCUGAUUACGAGGAAGAGAAAGUGCACAUGUUCUUGAUGGGGCUAGAUGAAGCGAGAUUCGGAAACGUAUGCACAAACAUCAUAGGGAUGGAGUCGUUACCAGAGCUAAACUCUGUGUACCAGAGAGUAGUGAGAGAGGAGAGACGCCUCCAGACAUCUCGAGUCGAGACGAGACAAGAGGCAGCAGGGUUUCUGGUUAAAUCGGAGCCAUCACAGUCGGAGAACCAACCUAACAGUGGAGCUAUCACGGCUGUUGCAAGAAGCAGAGGAGGAAUGGUGUACUCUCAAUGUGGGAGGACAGGCCAUGACAAGAAAGAUUGCUGGCAGAUCAUCGGUUUUCCAGACUGGUGGACCGAGAGAAACCAAAUGGGAGAACGCGGAGCUGCGCUCCUUGAGCAACAGAAGCUAACUCCGAUUCCAGAUAAGUUGAAUGGUAAGGUUCAAACUAGAGAAGUGAUUCUCGACACUGGUGCAUCUCACCACAUGACGGGGGAUGACCGUUUUACGAGGACCCUGAUUGGAGCAGGUGAAGAACGGGACGGUAUCUAUGUUUAUCGGGAUGUGACAAUGGCGCGAGGACUCAGAAUAAUACUGAUAAGUUUGAUGGUUGUGGAAUUUGUUUUAAGUCAAAACAGACUCGGGGUGUUUUCUGAGAGUUUUAAUAAAGCAUCUGUUCCGUUUGAACUAAUACAUGUCGAUUUAUGGGGUCCUUAUCGAACAAAAUCAUCUUGUGGUGCUGUCUACUUUCUCACCAUUGUAGAUGAUUUUCUCGAGCCGUAUGGAUACACCUACUCCUCGAGAAGUCCGAGAUACUUUGCGGAGAAUGGAAUUCUGCAUCAAACCUCGUGUGUAGCAACCCCACAACAGAACGGAAGAGUGGAGAGGAAACAUCGUCACAUCUUAAACGUUUCCAGGUCUAUUAUGUUUCAGGCCAACCUUCCGAUCAAGUUUUGGGGUGAGAGUGUGCUUACGGCUGCCCAUGUUAUCAACAGAACCCCCUCGAGCCUGUUGCAAGGGAAAACCCCAUACGAGUGUCUGUUCGGAAAAGCUCCAUCCUAUGCCGACAUCAAGACAUUCGGAUGUCUUUGCUUUGCGCAUAACAUGCAGCGAGACAAGGACAAGUUCAAGGCUCGAGGCAGAAGAUGCGUGUUUGUGGGAUACCCCUUCGGCAAAAGAGGCUAG